AUGUCCAACCAAGACAUUCAUUCAAACAAAUACAGUGAACUAAGAAAUACCCACAAAUAUUAUAUCGAGAUAUACAACGCGUUGUAUCAGUUGAAAACAGAAAAAGAAGAAGAAUUAAAAUCAAUUUACGAAAUGAUCAAAACAGAAUUGAUUGAUUCCAAUAAAUAUCCAUCCAAAGAUAUUAUAGAAGACAUUUUACAAAUCAUUCCGUAUAACAAUCGCUAUACAAAGUCAUAUUUAUUUCUUGCCAAACUGUUUAUUGAUGAAUAUCAUGUGGAAGAAGUCAAUGGAAUCCCUAAUAUUUCAAACUUCCUGUUUUAUAAAGAAUAUGGAAUUAAAAUAGACAAAUCUUCUGAUUUCGGAAAAGAUGAUAUUAAAAAUCUUGAUGUUCAUACAGAAAAUACAAUAUACAGAGCAAUUAUGAAUAAUGACUUAGAAAGAUUCAUCACAUUCACUGAAAUAGAUGGAUUUGAUAAAGAUCAAAAACUUGAAAGCGGUUUAUAUCCAUAUUCUUAUGAAGGAUAUUCAUUACUUGAAUUAUGUUGUUACCAUGGAGCAGUUGAUUGUUUCAAGUUAUUAAGAACUAAAUGCAGCUCAGAAAUAACUCAAAAAUGUCUAGAGUUUUCAUUUUUAGGAGGAAAUCCAGAGAUCAUGAGUUAG